CAGUUCCUGUUCAGCCACAGUCGGUUACGCUUACCGUGAACCGAGAGCCCCCGGAAAAGUAGUGUCGAGGCAUAGAAGUGUGGAGCAGUUGUAUUCAGUACUUAGUACUCAGUACCGCAGUCAGUCAGAAUUCAAAUCGCAAUCAGAUCCCAAAUCUGGCAAACCGAUCGGACCCAUUUCAAAUCAAAAUCAAAAUCCAAAUCCAAAUCGAAUUCCAAACUUUAAUUAAAAAAUUAAAUUUCAAAAUUUAUUGAAAGACAUUGAAACACUUGUCGCGUGCUCACUGAAAUCAUCGCAAAGAAAUCAAGGUUUGAACUCUGGUUCUUCCCCUCAUUUGGUGUCUGUUGUACGUAAUUUUUUUGUUCAUUUUUUUGAAAGUGCGUGCGUGUUAUGAAAAGUUUGUUUGAGGGGCUUUCAUUUUGAACAACCAAACAGAAAAAAGAAAAACGAACGUAAAGCGAACAAAAAAAGUAGGUAACAACAAAGCGGCUAAGCGGGAAAAUCGGAGGUCAGGUAUCCUUGGUGCCCCUGUCCAGCCAGCUAUUAUAAGCCAUCGUUUUCCCUUUAAUUUUUUGUUGUUUUUUUUUUAUUUUCUGCUUGCCUCGGCUCUUUGGAGGUGUAGUAUCCAGUUUAUGCAGACCUAUGCAGAAAAUUUGAUUUCAUUUCAUUUCGUCUCAGUUUGGUUUGCUUUGCUUUAGCUUCGUUAUUUCCUUUGCUCUUGCUUGGGUUCCGGUUCCUUUCGUCUUUCUUCCUUUUUUUUGGUUUAUUUUUUUUUUUGGAUUUUUUUUUGGUAAUUUUGUGUUGCCUUUUCAUAUUUGAUGAGGACGUGUUGGCAGACACAAGGGGGUGUCAUCUAUACAUAUAUAUGUAUAUUAUACAUAUGUAUGCUAUCCUAAAACAGAAGCUCCAGUUGCAGCUCUCCUUGGGCAGCGUUUUAUACUUUAUUUAUCUGUCGUUCCCGCCCACCAAGACCCAUCCACCCAUCCACCCAGUCACAUAGUCACCCAGUCACCCAUUCACAUAGUCACCCAUUCAGCCAUCCAAACGUGGCCCUUUGUUAUGCAUGGCCGUGUGAAUCAUUCAUAUGCAAAUGCUGUGAAAAUUCCCAUUUAUGUUUUGAGGAAACCCGCAGCAGCCACAGAAGUGAGAGUGUAGUCCUUCUUCUUAUCGUCUUGUGGUCUUUUGGUCUUACUGGUUUGAACUGCAGGGUAGCAAGGGGUGCCAAACGAGCACAAAACUGCAGCUAUAACUGGCCAAAUGCCAUAUUUUAGUCUGCAUUAAGUGUUGCCUACUUAUCGGCGGCAGCUGAUAGCUCUGCUUUGUUUGUCCUGGCCAAUUACGCCGGUGAGCAGUUCAUUUGCGACCAUGACUAACCGCUUUCUAUUUUCCGCUUGCCACUCUAAUCUAAUCGGCUUUUCCACUGAAGGGCGGCGCAUCGCCGUGUGAUGCCUAAUCGCAUGUGAAUGAUUCGAGAUUUGUCCAUUCCAUCGCAUGUGCCAUUCAAUUUGUUUUUCGACUAGCCGUUUGAUUAAAUAGCAAGUGUACAAAUGGCUAAAUGUUGCUCACACUUACUUACUUACUUACUUACUUACUUACUCUUUAAUCGUAAACAUUUUGUCAUAAAAAGAGGUAUGCAACACUCUGUGCUUAAGCUCUGUGAUGGCAAUGAAUCCCAUUAAUAAUUAACUUAAUUCACAAAGUGGCAAUGUUCUUACUGCUUUUUUUAAUUACUCGAAUUGUCGAAUUGUCGGUGUUUCAUCAUCAUAUACUGCGUAUGUGGUGGCUUAAAUCCGCUCUGGGUGAUCAAUUGCAAUUGGCGGACUGUUGACGCAUUAAGCCCCUUGUUCCUUGUCCAUCAUAGCCACAUAGCCAUAGCUCAUAGCCUUUUUACGGCUUUUCCAUUGCGGCUCGAAAUUAACAGAUUAGUAGAAUAAUAAAUACAGACUUUCAAAGUAACUUCACAACAACAGUAUUCACAUCAAAAUCAACACAACGCAACGCAGCACAGCGAACUACUACGCCAUUCAUUAAUUGUAAAUGAGUUAAUUUUGUGUAAAUAUGAAGGUUUUUUUUUCUUAAGCCAAAGUGCCUGGCUGCGGCGGCGGCUUCCAGUUUCUAAUUUACUUGGAACAAUAUUAUAGUUUCCCUGCUACCUUGGCCACAAUCCUACCUUGGCUCCUGAAAAUCCCGAGCGCAGAACUUUCUCCUUCUUAUUUUAACAUUGCGGCUAAUUUGCUCCGACCAGCUAACCAACCAACAGCAGACAAAAGAAAAAGAAAAAUAAAAACGAAAAGAAAAAAUGCGAGGAAAUGUGGAAAGCAGUAAGAAAAGUAAGGGUUGGGUGUAAGAGGCUUUCCACCAGCCACAGCAAUUAAUUUACAUUAAUUUCCCUUUGUUCGCAUGGCAUUGUUUUCCUUCGUUUCGUUUCGUUUCGUUUCUGCUUUUUAAUUUUUUCUUGAUUUUUUUUAUAUUUUUGUAUAUUUUCUUUUUCUUUCUGCCUGGGUAGCCGCAGCAACAGCAGCGAUUUUAUUAAACAGCAAUUACAACACUUGGGCAUCUGCUCUGUACCAUUUCAUCGCGACCUGGAAAGGACCCGUCCAUAUUAGCAGGACCUAGAACUAAAAGAAAGCGGAAAGAGGCAGGAUGUCGGACAAGCAGCAGGAAAAGCCGGAAUCAAUUCCCGAGGAGAAGGUGCAGCAGCAGCGGGAGCGGGAGCAGCGAGAGCAGCGGGAUCAGGAGGCUUCUGGCAGCAGAAAUGGGUGUUGCGGAUCCUGCCCAGAUGCGGAUGCGGAACCGGAAGUGGAAAUAGACGUGGAGGUGGAGGAGGCAUCGGGAUCAGCAAUUGGAGCUGCAGCUGCCGGCGGAUCGGAUGCACCCGGUCCGGCUAAUCCGAAUCCGGGACUGGAACGCGACAGGGACAGGGACUCGCACGGCGACAGAUCCACUCAUCGUGAUGAGUUUGGCACACAGCGUGUUUACAAGAAGACCUCGCCAAACUGUGUGCUGACUUUAUAUUUACCCACUCGCGAGAUAACGCUCACCGGAAAUAAUCCGUCCGUUUUGAGGGGCAUCGUCUACGUGGAUCCGAAGGCCAUCCAGGGAUAUCGCGUAUACGCCCAGCUGACGCUGACGUUCCGGUAUGGCCGCGAGGAUGAGGAGGUGAUGGGUCUGCGAUUCUGCAACGAGGCCAUCAUGUCGCUGCACCAGAUUUGGCCACGACUCGAGGAGCCCACGCCAGAGUCCCUCAGUCCAUUGCAGGAGGCCCUGAUGAAGCGCCUGGGCGAUGGAGCCCAUCCCUUCACCCUCUCGCUGUCCUCCUACGCCCCACCCAGUGUCCAGUUGGUGCCCGCCAAGCGCUACUACGGAGCACCCAUUGGCACCAGCUACGAUGUCCGCUGCUUCAUUGCGGACAAAACAGAUGAGAAGUUCCAUCGCCGGGCCUCCGUAAAAAUGGGCGUACGCGUCAUCUAUCGCACGGAUGUCUUUCAUCAGCACUUGGCGCCCGAACAGUAUGCCGCCUACGCCGGUCGUCAGAACAACGCCCAAUCGCCGCCGGCCAGUGCCACGCCCCCUUCGGGCAGUGAGGGCGGCGAGCAGCACGGCCAUCAGCAAUCACAAUCGCAGCCAACAAGCGGUUCCAAGCACAAGUCAAAGUCCGAGCGCGGCGACUCCUUUCCCAAGUUGCGUCUCUCGCCGAAAUCCUUUCGGUUCAGCGGUCGUUUUGGGCGCAGCAAGAGCGAAAUCGAAAAGUGUCCCAAUGAUCCUUUCCACAGCUACAGCAAGUCCUUCCAGGAGCACUGCGACAGCAUGUUGCCACCGCACACUGGAGCCGGGGUCACCGGUGGCAUCGGUGGCGUCAGUGUGGGUCCUUGUGGCGGUCCCCAAGGAUCCGUGGACAAGCCGUUCCUGCUGCACGACGGCCGGGUGGGCUUGAGGGCCAGCUUGGACAAGGGCUGGUAUACACACGGCGAGGACGUUCAGGUGACCGUCAAUAUACGCAACGAUAGCCGCAAGACGGUCCGCAAAGUACGGGUCUGCGCCAUUCAGCACGUCGACGUUUGCAUGUUCAACAACGGCAAGUUCAAGAAUGUGGUGGCCGAUUCGGAUAAUGUCACACCGCCGGUGGAUCGCACAGUGGCCGCUGGAGCCUCGUUGAAUACCACGGUGACGCUGCGUCCGCAACGCGGUCCCACCAAGAACUGGAUCGCCCUGGAGGACACUUUGCAGCGGAGCACCGAGCCGGAGGAGAUCACCGGCGCCAUCGCUGCUUCGGCCAUCCGCUCGCCACACUUUGUCAUGCAGAACGCCCAGCUGUUGGGCGGUUGCGGCCAUCCGCUUGGCAGUCCGGCAUUGGUCACCCCACAUCCACACCUGUGGCAGCCGGGGCCACAAGGUCAGGGUCAGUCGGGUAAUCCCAACGCCGCCGGCGCCGGUGGCAAUGAGGAGCGCAACGUGUUCGCCAUCUAUGUGUCCUACUAUGUCAAGGUGAAGCUAACCCUGAGCGGCAUGGGUGGCGAGUUGUCCCUGAAGUUGCCCUUCGUUCUCGUCCACGUGGAUGAGACACAGCGUCCGGGCUUUGCCUCCGCCACGCUGGGCGAACUGCGCAUGGAGAUGGAGCGCCUGGCCCUGCAUGAUGCACCCGUGGGCAAGCGAAACGGACGACGGCAGGCACAGGCCACCGCCACAGAGAUCGGAGAUGGACCCUCCACCAGUGCGGCUGCUGCCGCCGCAGCCGCUGCUGCCAAGUCGGCCUCCCAAUCCUUUGGCCAGUCAGCCGGGCAGCUGGACAUGAUCGAGAGCCUGGACGAUGAGUUCAACAUUCGGGUGCCAGUGCCAAGGAACGGAUCCCACAAGCGGCGUUUGCUGCGCAGCGAGACCUUGGCCCGCGAUCUGGAGGAGCACGAUGAGCAUGGUCCGAUGGCCGAGGAAGAGGACCACAUUGUUCAGAUUCACUUGGAGCAGGUGUCACCGGACAGGGACGAGGUGCAGCCUGAGGAGCGGGCGCCGGAGGAGCAGGUGAGCCACGCCCCCGGUGCCGAGACCGGUGCGGUACCCAAGUCGUCGAAUGUGUGAUUCUGAUUGUGGUCCCAGAUGUUUGCCAAACGCAAGAGGAAGCCGUAGUAACCGAUUUCCCAAGCGGUAGUAUAGGGUAAUUGUGUCCAAGUCCAAUUACUAUUUCCCAGAACGCGAAAAUCGAUUGAAAUCGAUCAAAUAUAUAAUUGUUUAUGUUUUGAUCAAUUUGUUCAAGCAGUUUCCUGUUCUUUUUUUAUUUGAGAAUGUUAAACUGUUUUGCGCUUUAGCAAUACGCAAAUACCAUUCUAACGUCCAAAAACUAUACAUUUUUUGACAAAUAGAACCACGUAUGUAUGUACGUCUAAACCUGUGCUGUUUAAUAAGGCGCUUUAGUUUUUGUAACAUUUUCGAUUCAGCAGCAUUUUAAAAAUACACGUUCGAAAACGUUUUUAAAGGUAUGAGCAGCAACUCUCGGAGUUGCGGCCAGUGUAAAUUUUAAAAGGAAAACCAUUCAGUUUCGGUUUCAGCAGUCAAAUGUCAGGAGUUAGAUGAUAGGUACCCAAUAUGAAAGGGUGGGGAUACGAAAGAAGUUUAUAGGUAUUAAAAAGUAGAUGGUUUCCAAAAUCGGAGAGAAAGAAAUCCAAAAAUGAACUAGAAGGCAACGGUAUUCCCUAGGAAUUAGACAAUGAAUUGAGGUGAAAUUUUUGCAGUUUGAUUAAAAUGGUGAAUGUGAGUUGCGAGUUGCGACAAAGGCGUUGAAGUCGAAGUUGAGGUAGUCGUAGAUAAAGUUAAGAUUUAUUAUUUGAUAUUAGCCAUGCAAUGCGUUGAAAUUGAUGAUAUUUUGCGUGGAUUGGCAGGUUAGAGUAGCUUAUACGAAUAGCUAAUGGCAUCAACAGUAUUGAAAUUGGAAGGCAAGCCAACCCAAAAGCAAAGUCAAAACAUAUAUAUUUACCUAGAUCUUAAGUGAGUGUGGUUCAAAUGAAAUCUAUGUAUAUGCAACUAUGCAUUAAUUUACAAACAAAAAAAAAACAAAUGCCAAUUGAAAUGCCCAUUUUUCAAAUCGCACAGAUGUCACCAUUAGGGAUAUACUAUCUAAAUAAUCAUAUAUUUACUGAAUAUUAAAUGUUUGAUGUGUAUUUACAAAACGACAAGGAAAUAUUACAGAGGCCAAAGGCAGAGGCAAAUACACACACUAACCAUUGGUGUAAAAAUCUCGUUGCGGUUUCAAGCUGACAAAAAGUAUUUACAAAUAACCAACCAACCAAACAAAACAAAAAAAAAAUAAACAACACAAAAUAACAAACACAACACAUAUCUGUGGGUUUUCUGGCUUUUGUUGCCAACGUCAGUGUGUUAUUGUCGCAAUGUAUUGAUUCAAAUCUAUGGUCAAAUUAGGCGAAUUAAGCAAGACAGGUGUCACUGCAAAAAGGUGAUUCUCUCAGAGUAUGAAAAACCUAAAUCUAACGACAAAGUUCCGAACAGUUAGGCAAAAAGCAGUCACGAAGGAUCGACACUAUAGCUAUAGUUUUUUAAAUCGUAUUGAGACACCCGGAAUAGCUGAUUAAUGAUCUGCUGGUGAUCCAGAUACCUAAAGAGUUUUGAAUGAAUUGUGGAAAUGUCCUGUUUGAAAGGAGGAUGCGGUAUGAACUUAAACCACCAAGAAAUGCGAACCUAUGAUAUCGAAGAUUUUUAAUGUUAGCUGUACGAAAAUCCAUAAUGAAUAUGCAUACUACUACUACAAUGAGAAGAGAUAUUGGAAAUGGAAAACUGACAACAAUAUUAAUAAUAUUUAUGUGUACGAGUAUAUGUGUCUACAGUUAAUGUGCAACAUUGAAACACACUGAAUAAUGAUGAAUUUAUGAAUGUAUGUAACACGAUUAAGUAAUCGCUAUGCUCGGCUUACGCAAUCUUUGUGCAGAUCAAUAUGCUGAUCGAAAUAGACAUUUAAACUUAAAUAGAACUAUAUAUAUUUAUGUGAGUGUUGCUUUGUCAAGCCAAGCUGCUACUUGAUUUUCGAAACAAAAAACAAAAACACAAAAAAACAAAAAAAUGAACUCUACACUAACGCAAAGGCGAAAAAAAUAAACUUAAAUGUGAUGCAUUUCUAUGAAUACACUAAAUGAAUACAUAACCCUAUAUACAAUCAUAUAUGUAUACACUGUAUCGAUGGCUAUUUAGAAUUAAGACUCUCGAUCCGCAACCGCAUUCCCUUUACUUUAAGAGCUGGACUCUAUUCACAGCCAAGGAUUGCGCAAACAUUUUGGUUCCCAAACUCCUCCUCCUCCUCCUCCUCCUCCUCCUCCUCCUCCUCCUGCUCCCCUUCUCCUAUACAUUCGAAUCCGUUGUCCUUUCCGUCUCCAGAGCUUCAGAUACCACAGCCAAUUGAUUGAUGAUAAAUCCUGGCGAUGGUCAGCAGCCAGCAGUGGGUGCUAUUUCCACUCCUUCCAUGGAUGGACUCUGGGGGCAGACGGGGCGCUCUGGAAUAUCUGAGAAUUUAAUAAAAUAAAUGUUUAACAUAAAAUAUCACAAAA